AUGAGGAGCAUUGCAAUCGGAAGGGCAUAUGCUGCCGUGAGAUUUCUCGGUCCAGUGUCACAUUUGGUGUCCACUUUCUGGAGUCGACGCUCGUUAAAUCAGUUGCGUCAUCGCAUAAUGAAUUCAGAGAAACAUGUACUCACGUUGCAAACGAUAAACCCUAAUGUUGCAAGCAUGGAAUAUGCAGUGCGUGGUCCCUUGGUAAUCCGUGCAUUAGCGAUUGAAAAAGAGCUUGAAAAAGGAGCGAAAAAACCAUUCAGCAGUGUUAUCAAAGCAAAUAUUGGUGAUGCUCAUGCAAUGGGUCAGAAACCAAUCAGCUUUAUACGUCAGGUUUUGUCCUGCAUUACUGAUCCGUCUUUGAUAACAUCGUCAGAUUAUCCUUCUGAUGUGAAAGAGCGUGCAAAACUAUUGCUUAAAGGGUGCGGUGGGGGCAGCAUUGGUUCGUACAGUCAAAGCAAUGGUAUAGAAAUAAUCCGGAAGCAUGCAGCUGACUACAUCACUGAAAGAGAUGGUGGUAUUGCUUCUGAUCCAUCCACAAUUAUAUUAUCUUCUGGAGCAUCCGAAAGUAUACGCAAUAUCUUGAAAUUGUUCGUUAAUUCAAGUAAUAAUAGAAAAAAGACUGGAGUUAUGAUACCAAUUCCACAGUAUCCAUUGUAUUCUGCUUCCAUUGUUGAAUUCGAUCUUGGCUUGGUAGGAUAUUAUUUGGACGAAAGUAAUAAUUGGGCACUAAAUAUUGAUGAACUUGAACGAGCAUAUCAAGAUUCAUUAAAAAAAUUUGACACUCGAGUGCUUUGCGUAAUCAAUCCUGGGAAUCCAACAGGACAAGUUUUAUCAAGAGAUAACGUGGAAAAUAUUAUCAAAUUUUCUUUCAAGCAUGGACUAUUUUUGUUAGCUGAUGAAGUAUAUCAAGACAAUAUUUACGAAGAGAGCAGCAAAUUCCACAGUUUCAAGGCAGUAAUGACUUCUAUGGGUGAACCAUAUUCAAGGAUGGAACUGUGUUCAUUUCAUUCAUGUUCUAAAGGUUAUAUGGGUGAAUGUGGUAUUCGAGGAGGAUAUGUUGAAGUUGUUAAUAUGGAUCCUCAUGUUUUUUCCCACUUACAAAAAAUGAUCUCAGCGAAACUUUGCCCCUCUGUUCUUGGACAGUGUGCGAUGGAUUGUGUAGUAAAGCCACCUAAAUCUGGAGAACCAUCAUAUGAUUUAUGGUACAAGGAAAAAACGGCGGUAUUAAAGUCACUGAAAGAUCGUGCAAGAGCAGUUCACGCAGCGUAUAAUUCCAUUGAAGGAAUUAAAUGUAACCCCGUGCAAGGUGCAAUGUACGCUUUCCCACUCAUUGAAAUACCUCCAAAAGCUAUUGAACAAGCCAAGGCACUGAAUGUGGAAGCAGACUUUUUCUAUGCGAAGCAGUUACUGGAAAACAGUGGUAUUUGUGUAGUACCUGGAAGCGGUUUCGGACAGCUACCUGGAACAUAUCAUUUUCGAACAACAAUACUGCCACCACCAAAUGUAAUGCAAGAUAUGUUGGAACGAUUUAAAAAAUUCCAUAAGAAAUUCAUGCAAGAAUACUCAUGA